GACAGGGGACUUACAUAAAAAUCCUCCGAGGACUUCUCGAGCUCUUUUUAACUUCUAAAAAUCACGGAAUCGUCGAUAAACCUGUGCGGAAAUACGUAAACGUCGUCAGUAUGAAAAGUUGCGACAGUUUGCUAACGUCUUACGGACGUUUGGAGUAGCUUAAGAAAACGAAAAGUAGUUUUUUUUACACUGCAGACGCAGCCGGGGAGCGUCAAGGGGAUUUCUACUUACUUUCUGCCUCAUUUUCAACAUUAUUGUCAUUUUCAAGUGAUUUGAAUCUUGUGAGACGUCUGGAGCUGUUAACGUGUACAUUAAACCGGGGAUAAAGCCACUUUCUUCCACUUUGUGUGCUCUGAGUUCACCAUGCUGCCGAGCACGGCACUUUACGCGGCGAAGAAACGGAAGAAGCCGGUCCAGAAAAUCCCCAAGCCUCCACCUCCCGAUGGCGUCAAGUCCAACCCGUCCAAACGCCACCGUGACCGGCUCAACGGCGAGCUGGACAAGCUCACCAGCCUGCUGCCCUUCACCGAGGAGGUCAGGGCUCGGCUGGACAAGCUGUCCGUCCUCCGCCUCAGCGUCGGCUACCUGAAGGUCAAGAGCUUCUUCAACGCCACCAUGAAGAAAAACCAGAACGGCUCCAGCUGGACCAGCGAGCGGAGCCUGAUGUUCGGGGGAAACGUCCCGAACGCGCUGACUCCAUCCGCCGCCACGACCAACUCCACCUCCUCCUCUUCCUCGCCCUUCGCCCAUGUGACCUCCAUCGACGGAGUCAGCUUCUCUGAGGGAGACCUGCUGCUCCAGGCGCUGAACGGCUUCGUGUUGGUGGUGACGGCUGAGGGCUACGUCUUCUACACAUCCCCCACCAUCCAGGACUUCCUGGGCUUCCAUCAGUCGGACGUGGUCCAUCAGAGUGUGUUUGAGCUGAUCCACACGGACGACCGAGCUCUGUUCAGACGUCAGCUUCACUUCGCCCUCAAACCAAACGCCAGCCACUCAGACAGCUCCGCUCAGAGUCCCGGUGAUGAGAGCUCUGCGGAUAUCAGCAGCAGUGUGAUGACCUACGACCCUCAGACCAUCCCUCCGGAAAAUUCAUCUUUCCUGGAGAGAAACUUCUGCUGUCGAUUCCGCUGCCUGCUCGACAACUCCUCUGGAUUCCUGGCCCUGAACUUCCGCGGCCGCCUGAAGUUCCUCCACGGUCAGAGCCGGGUGUCGGACGACGGGACGUUGGUCCCCCCUCAGCUCGCUCUGUUCUCCAUCGCCAUGCCGCUGCAGCCGCCGUCCAUCCUGGAGAUCCGCACCAAGACGCUCCUCUUCCAGACCAAACACAAGCUGGACUUCACGCCCAUGGGCAUCGACACCAGAGGGAAGGUGGUUCUGGGUUACACUGAAGCAGAGCUGUGCAUGAAGGGCUCAGGCUACCACUUCAUCCACGCUGCAGACAUGAUGUACUGCGCUGAAAACCACUUAAGAAUCAUGAAAACCGGAGACAGCGGUUUCACCGUCUUCAGGCUGCUGACCAAAACUAGGACGUGGAUCUGGGUCCAGGCCAUCGCCCGGCUGGUGUUUAAAGGAGGGAAACCAGACUUCAUCGUGGCCCGGCAGAGAGCUCUGACAAAUGAAGAAGGAGAAGAGCAGCUCCGCCUCAGACACCUGCAGCUGCCGUUCAACUUCGCCACCGGUGAGGCGCUGCUGUACGACAUCCCCCAGCCCAUCGACAUCCCCGACCCGUGCUCCGCCCCGAAGCAGAGGAAGGUGAAGGACUACUCCAUCGACCCCGACUCCAUCCUGGGCUGCAUGCUGAGACAGGACCAGUCCAUCUACUGUGAACACAACAACGACAACACGCUCAGCUCCCUCAACGACAUCGCCUUCAAGGACACCCACGCUACCGUCAGCGUUCCCGGAGACAUCUGGCAGCAAGUGUCACCCAAACCCGUUGUGGGAAGUCUGGUGAAGACGGAGGCCGCGGUCCAGGACAUGAUGGACACCCUGCAGCAGAUCCUCGGGGACAGCAACCUCAUCGACACCCUGGAGGUGGGGCCCGAGGAGCUGAAGAGCUGGGAGAGCACGCUGUUGAGGAUGAGCACUAACAGCUACGGGAUGAACGAAGACCUGGACGUCCUCAGCAAUGACAUCCUGUCGUAUGUGGAAGAGCAGCUCCAGAAGGAGGACGGACUCAAGCUGCCAGGUGAGCUGGACGACGUACCAGCGUGCCUCUCCACUUUGGACCUCCAGAACCAGGAUCCUGACCACAUUGGGGAGCAGAACUUUGUCUGGCCCCUGGAGCCUCAGAACCAGCUGAUAGCAAACGGAGGGCAGAUGAUGACUGGACAACCGGCUCCCGUCCUGGAAACGAUGAAGCUGACCCACAUGGAUCUGUCUCAGUUGAGUUCUCCUGGUUUAAACGGUCCGACCCUUCAGCAGAUCGCCUCCCAGCAGACCCUCCCGCCUUCUGUUCUUCUUGGCGACAUCGGUGCUCCGGCGACCUUCAGCCCCUCCCUGGCGGACUCUUGUGCUCAAACACAGAACAAACUGAGGGCCUUACAAGUCACAGCCAAGGAGAACAACCUGGGAGCGUUCAGGCAAACCGCUCAGCUUCAGUCCAACCCGAUGCAGAACCACGUUCAGAUGAGGACGCCCAACCUCCCGCUCGGCCUCCAGGACCAAACCGCAGAGAGGAAGUUAAAUCCCGUUUUCAACUUUCAGGGCAACCAGUGGAGCUCCCCCGUCCCCAACGCAAACCCAGUCGACAGCUUUGUACAAACAUACACCCAAAAUAUUUCAAACGAAUCGGGGUUCGCUGCAGAUCCUCCCUCGUCCAGCUGCUUACAGGGCCACUUUGCACUUCAGACUCAGAACAGUGAGAAUCAGAGACAGUCGUGGCCACUGGAGCAGCAACAGCAGCAGCAGCAGCAGCUGAUCUCAGGUGGGCACCAACAACUCGGCGCCUGCCUCAACCAAAUGUCAGGAUUUCAAGGGAAUCCUCUUCCUGGAGUCGUCACGCCCCAAACCGCGGUCAACGGGAGGCCGAUGUUCAGGACUCAAGAGACUUCAAAUGUACCAUUUCCUGUUCAGCAGGACUCGGAGCUGCCAGCUCAGGCACCUUCGAGCAGCUGUAUGUUCAGAAAUGCCCCCCCGUCUGUGCCUGUAAACGGAGUGCACCUCAGUCAGGCGCCCUCCUGCCAGCGCAUGAACCCAGCAAGCAGCAACCGGAUCCCCUCCAAGCCCUCCUGUUUCUACCAGGGUCUUCCCGGAGGAGGGUCUGUGCCGGGGAUGACGGCGAUACCAAAUCCUAGCGAGGUGGCUCUGUCCUGCCAAAUGACGGCUGGUCUCAACCCCAACGGGCUGCUGGUGCAACAACAGCAGUAUCUUAACUUCAGUGAACAGACGCAGAUCAACAACCAUCCAGUCGUCGGGAACGGAGGUUUCCCGUUCCCCUCGCUGCCCGAUGGGAACGUAUACUACUCAGAGAACAAAUAGAAAUCAGCCGCUGUGACUUCUGGACGGCAGAGGAUCCGGAUCCAACCUGGACUGAAACAGCAGUUUACAGAAAACAGAAGACUCCUGUCUCUAAACAUGAAAGUGGAGUAGACUGAAGAACAGAAAUGUGCCCCGGAAAGGAGGAGGAGACAAAACAGGACACCUCUCCUUCUCCUUUUUUUCUAAUUAGGAAACUGCGAUGAAAGCUUUAAAAAAUUUCAAGUGUUUUGGUGUAGGAGGAAGAGAAAAUCUCAUGUCUCAUCUUGUGAUUUGGAGUUUGUUUUGUUUUUGUCAAAGCUGGAUAUCAAAGAAGAAGUACGGAUACGUUUUCUUGGAAAACGGAAAAACCUACACCCGUGGUUUGUUUUGUGCAAUCAUGAUCAAGUUUGAGAAAUUUCAUCACGAGCUGUUGGCGGUUUGUUGUUGAUGUAUGGAAAAAGUUCAGAGAAGCAGAUGUGUGCUGAAUUUAAUUUGCCAAAACAACCAGUUAGUCCUUCAUCGCUGAAGUCUUUUCUCUUGUGUUUAAAAAGCAGAUUCACUAGAGCUGAAAGGAUUGGACGGAAAAAUAAUCAGCAGCUGUUCUGCUUCUCGUUUCACAAAUGUGAGGAGCAAAUCACCUUGAGCUUUAAGAAAGUGUGAUGGGCAUUUUACACAAUUUUUCUGUUUGUUUUAAUUCUAAUUGUUAGCUGCAGCUUUAAAUCUCAUCGUCAUGGCUUCAUCCUGACUCGCUGCACCCACUGCACAGGGCGCCGACUAUUAUCACAAGCUGUUGAGCCGGGAAAAAAAAAAAGGAACGACAACAGCAGCAACAGAUCAGUUGCAUCUACAAAGAAUCCAGUCCUGUACAAUUGAAGGUUCCCUGAGGAGUUUGUGACUCCGGAAACAUUGUGGAGUUGGUCCCUAUUUGACCUGCAGGUGGCUCUAAUGUGCCAAAUAUGCUGCAAAGAGCCAGCAAAGACGAGGAAGAAGAAAACUGCAAAGGAGCAAACAUGGAUGUAAAACACGGAGGCUGAAUUUAAAAUACUCAUAAACGUUGUUUUAUGAGGAAGGAAAUGUCCAGGGUGCACACAGCCAGUUUUGGUGAGUAACAUUGAAUAUAAACAGAACUUUACUGGGUGCCUUUAGAUCAGCUGAUUGAAAAUGAAAAGACUUCAGCGGUGAGGAACAGCUGGUUGGUUUGUAUCUCGGGUUCGUUUUUUCCCCAUGUGCAGUCAGUUCUUCAGGCCUUACUGUCUCAGACACAGCGGAUCAGACAAUCCCGAACCUUGGUCCCUGACUGAUCGACCUAAAUGAAAGAACACAGAGACAUCCUCCCGUUCGUCCUCUGCCGUCUCUGUUGCACAAACACACCACACCUACUCCAUAAAAAUCAGUUUUCUACUUUGAGCUCUCAGAAGGAUGAAAUGUAUCGUCUUUUUUGUUUUGCUGUUUUUGUCCUUUUGGAAAUUGCGUCUUGAUUCAGUUCAUUUCAACUCUUUACUGUCCCACUGAGGGAGAUGUGCUUUGUAGACAGGGUAUAUAUAUUAAAAAAAAAAAAAAAGAGAGAAAAAGAAACGCACAAUGAAAUCACAGCAUCAUCCUACUAACAGACAAUGUGUAAGAUUUAAACAUGAGGUGAUUCAGUGGAAACAGCUGCUUCUUAGUGCAUCUUUUAUAUAUUUUAAAAGCAGUCCCAGCUUCGUCACUGAGCCAGUUUUGUUUCGUCUUUAUUUUUCUUUUCUUUAAUGUUUCUGUGUCAUUGUUGCUUUCCUGUUAUAGAGGGAAAAAAAAAUACAGACGGUGCCUUAAACUGACAGACCUGUUUGAGACUUUAAAGGGACAGUCUGUUGCAGUUUUCUAACAUUUCCUUUAGGAAUAUUAGCAGAAAGGUGUAGUGGAAAUUCAUAUUUAAUGGAUGUAAACCAAAGUUAAACUUGCCCUUGCCUUAACACCACCAAGCCAGUUUUUAAAGAUUUAUUGCACUAUUCCUUUAAGGUGUUGCCAAAGUGUAGUGAAGAGAAAAUAAUUGAGAAAUCCUUUGUCUUACAGGACACUAAGAGCUUUAUUACAAAAAGAGAUUCCUGAAGUAGGUUGUUCAUGAUGAAAUGAGCACAAUGUUUUUCAUUUUAGCUCAUAAAUGGAUUCUCUAGAUUUUUUAAAGUUAUUUGAAUAAGCCACAACUAAAACGAAUUAUUAUAUAUUUUUAGUAAGAGUUUAAAAAAAAUAGACCAGAGUCUAAAUAGACUUAGUCACUGCCUAAACCAGGAUCUAAACUUCUCACUAAACCUGAAAAUGUUCAUCAGUCUCUCUGUAAGAUAGAUUCUGAUUUAUUCAUAUUUUCCACAACAAAUUUCCGUCCUCUUUAUCUGUCCUCUUUCUGUCUUGUGGUUAAUUUAUCGGCGUUGUUGUUGGACCGGGAGUGUCGCCGAUCGUCCGGCAGUGAAACGCAGAAGUAAAACAGUUAUAGGCAGCUAUUGUAUAUUUUAAAUGAGGAAAAAAAAAGGAAAAAAAAUCUACACUUUACAAGUUAAAAACAAAAAAGAAAAAAAAAAAGGGUGGAAACUUAAAGUGCCUUUAAAUGAGCGCUUUUUGAUUGUCUGUUGAUCUUAAAAAUUGGUUCAGCACUUACAUUGAAAAGAAAAACCGAAAGAAAGUCGCACCCAGUCGCUUCAUCCAGUACUGAGCCGUAAAAUCUGCUUUUUUUCCUAAGCAAGUUCUGUGUCACUUAAUUUUUAGCACUUCUGAACCUUUUUUUUUUUUAACAACUUUAUACUUUGCAGCAGAUUGUAGAAGCUGCAAAGACAAAAGUAGUGACAACAAACUUGAAUACUUGACUUACGUACCAAAAAAUAGUCAGUAAAGCCAUCUGCGAUGCUUUAUUCUCCAGGAUACCAAAGGGAUGAGUCAGAAUACAGAUCUACUGUUGGAAAAUCCUAUUUUUUGUGAAGAAUUUCAUGAUUUUUCAUGGUUUAUGGAGAUUUUCCACUCGAAAUGGAAACACAAAGAAUGAUUUCUUCACAUAAAAACGCAAGAAACAGACCAGAAUGAUUGUUAUUGUACUUUGACUUAGAAAAACUAGAGUUAUGCUGUGUUAAUGUCGAUUAAGAGCCACUGUCAUUAACAGUUCCCCACUUGUCAACAUUGUUCACAUCAACAUCCAAAGUCGUACUUAAAACGAUGAAACUUUUAUUUCCUCAAAGCUUGUCGGUCACUAUUCAUAAAAAAGUCUAUUAUUUAAGAUAAUGAAAUAAAUGUAAUUGUUUUGGGGUUAUAUUAUCAUUGCACAGUAUUUUUUAACCCUCAAACGUCCAACUCUACAGUUAUUUAACCCUUUCAUUACAGCUGAAAAAUACUCAAUUGUUUCAGUCAAUUUUCGUUUUUAACAGAAUAUCUUUUGGUUUUAGACGUUUUAAGACUUUGGACUAUAGAAAGUUGCAUUUUUCCACAUUUUAUACUGCAGAUUUGACAGUGUUACUCAGCAGUCAAUUCACCAAAAACCAAAAAUUAGACCAGAAAUCAUCACAGAACAGGCUGAAUAUUUAAGACUCAGUACAAAAUGAAGCGUGAUAUUUCGAAGGUGUGUGAUUUUUCCCAGCGCACCUUAACGUCUCCUCUCUUAUAAAUCUGGAGUACUUUCAGUCAGAGCUUUUUUUGUCACAAAGUAUUCUGCAUUUACAAAUAUAAAUAUAUCUCGUUGCUUGCUUCUGAUUUUAAAUAAAACAAAGCCAUUUUACUUACAAUACUUUUUUCAAACACAAGGCCCUAAAAUGCAGUAUCUUGUGUACGUGUAUAUAAAUAUCUAUAUUUGUCUUCUUUAUGUUUCAAAAUAUGUAUUGUCAUAUAUUGUGUAUUUUAAUAUCAUAUUGGCUUAACCUGUCUCUCUCCUAUCAUUUUUUUGUACAUUGUCUGCACAGCAUAUACAUAUGUAAUCUCUUGUUAUGAUGUUUUUUUUGUAAACAACUUAUAUCUUGUGGAUUUGCCUUCAAUAUUUUUGCUUCUAACAGUGUAUUGAGUGUUUGAGACAAUAUGUUCAUGCUCACCAUAUUAAAGGUGAUCAGAGCCCA